AUGGUCUUUACAAUUAGUUUGAUUUCAUAAAUUUCUUGGCAACAAUUUAUGUAUUAGAAGCUAAUUCAUUAUGUUCCAUAUCAGAUAAUUAAGUUAGAUCAUAAAGAGUGGGAGACUAAGAUUCAAGAAUUUAUAAUGUGUAUAAUCAAAGCAAAGAUAGAAUCACAUAAUAAACUAAUUUAGUAGAUAAGAUAGUCAGAUUAAUAAAAAAAGAUGAAAAUAAAGAAGAAGGUUUUGAAUCAGUUGAAGUUUAGAAUAGAUACUUUAAUCUUGAUAAAAUGUCAUAGAUGUUAUAAAAAGGGACAUAAAUCUAGAGAUUGUAAUGUUAUCAUUAUAGAUGAUGAUAAUCUAUAAGAAAAAGAUAAGUAAAGACUCAAAGAUCUUUUAUGAUUAAAUUGUCAAGAAAAGAGACAUUUGAAUAGCUUCUUUAU